ACAAUGAACUCGACUUAGCGUCAAAAUGAAAUUUCAUCAGUUACGGAACUUACUGAUGAUCUUUUCACAUGACGAGACAAGAUUCUUCACACCUGUCCCCUAUAUACUUCUAAGAUGUUAAACACUUCCUCGAGUGAAGAUGAUGAAUACGUUGGCUCGUCAGGGAAUUUAGGUGAUGAUGAUCAGAAUGUGGACUGGUUGCAUUAUGAGAACAGGAACAUUCAUAAGAUUGACCGGGUAUCCAAGUCACAAGUUAACAACCUACUGAACUCCGAAUCAUUACCACCAAAUGACAAGAUUAAUCUAAAGUAUAAGACAACUGAUCAAAGUUUGGCUACAGGAUGGAAACAAAUGCAAUAUGAUCAAAUCUCUAAUGUUCAUAGCCCAUUCAUUGAUGCCCAACGGCGUCCACGUUUAGGGGAUUGUGUUAGUAAAGUUACAGAAUCAUCAAAGAUGGAUUUUACACUGAAUACUGGGGUAGCUCCUCAAGAUACAUGUGUCCCUGUCACUACCUCAACACAUUUCAGUGUAAGCUUUGAGAGUCCUUUGGAAGCUUCCUCUUUAGGAGCACGACUUAGUCCUGUUGGUAGUAGUUGUUGGUCAUCUGAACAACAUAUCUCACCAGAUUUGACAUCACUUAUGAGUAGUAGCACAAAUUCUGUAUCUGCUGGGAUAUCGUUAAGUUCGGGUCGUCAGCAUGCUCUGAAAUCAUUACUCCACAGACAGCCAUCAGCUGGAACAGGAUGUUCUGGUGGUACUUUGUCAACAGAAGCUGGACAAUUACAAUCUGCCUCAAAUUCUGUUCGUUCUGCUCCUCUAUGUGCUAGCCAAGUGACCAAGUCGAAGUGGAACAAACAAAUGGGAAUAAAUAAGAAUGCAAAUUUACAACAUUUUGCACCACCUCCACCGUCAUUAGUAAUCAGUGAUCCAGAAGAGGAAAUGCACAAUAAACGUUUACAAUUAUAUGUUCUAGCUAUUCGAUGUAUUGCAUAUCCACUUCUUAAUGCUAAUGCUACUGGUCAAAAUAGAAGAUAUCUACGAGUAACAAAAGAUUAUUUGAAUAUUUUGAAGGAACGUUUUCAGUUGUAUUUACGUGGAGAGUUAGCAAUUAGUAGUGAUGAAGCAUUUCAUACUGCUGUAAAUGAAUUUUUUGAAGCUGUUCUCAAUAGUGAUCGUCUUUUAAAUAUGGUUAAAUCAGGAAGUUGUUCCAUGUAUGAUAUUCGAGAAAUUUUUAUUGCAAAUAUUGAAAAACAAUUUCAAGGUAUUCAACCAGUUGAAGGUUUAUCUAAAGAAAGUGUAUUAAGCGCAUGGAAAAUUAAAUUUGAUCAAAUAUGUCGUGGUGGUGAAGGACCAUGUCCUGAAGCAAUGAAAUUAGCUGUUCCACAACCAGAACCUAUAGCAUUAUCUAAUGAACAAUUGUAUGAAUUAUUAAUGCGUACUUUAUCCAUUGAAAAGUAUGAACAUCAAAUUUUAUAUAAUGCAUGUCAACUUGAUAAUAUGGAUGAACAAGCGUCUCAAAUCAAAAGAGAACUAUCAGAACGUUUAAUACAAAUUGACAAAAUGUAUAAAGAACGUUCAUUUCCUAAAAUGGUACAUAAGGAAAUGGAGAUGCAGUAUAUUGAAGAAGAAAAACUGAGAGUGAAUGGAUUAAUGAGACGUUUAGAUUCGAUACCAGCGCUUAAAACACAUUCCACAGGUGUGAAUUCAGCUCAUAGACACUUAAGAAAACAUCCUAUAAGAACAAUUUUAUCUAAUUGGCACACUGGUGGGACAAGUAGAAGCAACAGAUCUGUACGUGAUACUGGUUCCGUAACUGAUCUUUGGUCACGACAACUGGACAUGGAUUCGUCAAGAUCAUCUUUAUCAAUUACAGAUGAUUUACAUUUAACGAGUGAAGGUAUUCAGCCCUCUUCAAUGUUUCUAACUCAUGAAAUUUCAAGGGAGGCUAUGCAGGCUUCUUCAACAAUUGAAAUAUUGGUUCAUCAAGUCAGAAAUAUUCAAAGUUUACCACGUUCAAAGAAACUUUAUUGUGCUAUAGAACUGGAUGGUACACCAGAUCGGAAGAGAACAGAAUCCGUAGAGGUUAAUAAACCUGUAUGGAAUACAACUGCAGAAUUUCAAACAUCUCAAAUUCUUCCAGUUAUCAAAGUAAAGGUUUUCAAAGAAUGUUCAGGGCCAUUAACACUGGAUGAUAAAGAACUUGGAAGGGUAACUUUUAAUAUAACUUGGUCAAGUCCACGCACCCCACUUUGGUAUAAAUUACAAAAUACAAAACAUUGUCAUGAUCCUGUUGAAAUACAAAUUUCAGUGUCUAUGCAACGCCCAACUAAUUGUAAAUAUAGUAAUUAUUGUUGGAUUCAAGGUCGUUCCACAUUUAAAAAAUGGAAACGACGUUAUGUUUGUAUCAUACAAAUAUCACAAUACACAUCAAUAUUGGCAGCAUUUGCUGAACAGAAAUCUCAACCAUCAGAAUCAGUUGUAUUAGAUGGAUUUACUGUAGACUAUUGUGAACCAAGAACAGAUUUGAUGAAUAUGGCUGCGUUUGGCAGAAACAGUAAACCUGAACACCAUGGAUCAACUACAUCUUUAACAUCCUUAUCAAGGUUAAGACUCAGUACAUUGGGACGAAUAACAAGUCAACGACAUGUAGGCAGUAAUCCUCUCGGCGGAUUAGAAUGUGAUUAUUCGCCAAGGUUUUUCUUCAAACUUGUCCGAGAAGGUGACACAAUAAUUAUAGCAUCUUCUGCUGAAGUAGAUCGUCAGAACUGGAUACAAGCUCUUUAUCGAGCGACCGGUCAAACACACAAACCUACAUUACCAGGAGCAUCAAAUGUUUCAGCUAUUAUCAGUGAUCAAAAGAAAAGUACUGCUGAUAUUGACACCGGUCAAAAUAAAACAAUUGAUAGAUUCGCUUCAAUACCUAUACAUACCCUUGAUCAUUUGGAAUAUUUCAUUAUUUUACAAUCAUCAAGUUUAGAUUAUCGGUUAACUGAUCCAUUUGUUUCACUUGGCUGUUUAAGUCCAACUCAACGAUAUUUAUUGGAUGAAUAUUGUACACGUUAUGGUAUACGUGAAUGUCAACGUCACUUAGCAAUGUUAAUUAAUUUAUUAAAUAAAAUUGAAAAUGGUAUGAGUAUAGAUCCAGAUUUAAUUCAUAUCAGUUAUUCCUUAUGUGCUAAUCAUGUUAGCGGUAAAGCUCAACAUGAUCAAGCCGUACAUACAGUGUUAGCAAUGGAACGUGAUCAAUUUCAAAUUAUUAGAACUCGACUGACAACACUUUUAGAAAAACAAAUUACUGAAUUUCGUUAUUGUUUCCCAUUUGGUCGUCCGGAAGGUGCAUUGGAAAAAACAAUCAGUCUGUUGGAAAGAGUUUUAACAAAAGAAACCGGUGAACCAGCUUCAGCUGAACUUGUUCGUAAUGUUAUACGUAAUUGUUUAAGAAAUGCAGCUGUAUUGAACUAUGAACGAAUUUCUGAAUAUGUUAUGAUUGAAGUCGUUUCUGGACCACGAGUUAAAAACACAAAUAAAGAAAGCAGAAAAAUUCAUGAAAUGUAUCAUUUAGCUGAACUUUGUAUUGAAGUACUUAAACAAAAUGAACAACAUCACUCUGAGUCAUUCUCCUGGUUCAACGAUUUAUUUGUUGAGCAUACAGAGAAUUUUUGGUAUUUAUUUCAAAUGGAUUUAUUUGAAUUAUUGGAUAGAUUACCAGAAGAUUGUUGGGAAGUGUUCGAUUUAUUUCAAUUAUUGAAUAAUUAUCUAUUAAAUGAUUCUAAUUUAUCUAAUGGUCGAUUUCAUUAUGAAUUAGCUAAUCGUUUUACACCACUGGUAGAUCGAUAUAUUGGAUUAAUGGCGGAUUCUAUUGAACAAGCAUUAAUAGAGGGAUGUAAGAAUGAACGAUGGAUUCCAGCCUCGAAAUUAGACAGAAAUGAAGGUACAAGUGAACUACGUAUCAAUAAUAUUUCACAACAUAAAGCUGAGUCUUUAUUAAGUGUUCACAAUUCCUUAGCAUCGUUUACUAAAAUGGAAGAUAUGGGAAAACCCAAUGAAACCUUGUCAAUUAAUAUACCAGCUUUUCACCAUACAGAUAUUGAAUGGAAUUCGUCUAAUUGUUCAACUAAAAAUGUUCAGAAUAAAGAGAAAUUAGCAACACCACAAACAACAACAUCAACUGGUUCGGAAUUAUAUCAAUAUUCAUCGGGUAAUUUCAAUAUGAUUGGAAGUCAAACAUGCCAAACCGUUACUGAACUCUUAUGGAGAUUAUAUAAAUUAAAAAAUUUUAUUCAUGAAUUAAAUUGGCCUCAAUCGGUUUCAGCUGAAGCAUUGGAUGAAAGGGUGUGCAUAUUAUGUGCACAAAUGCUUCGAGAAGUUGUAAAACGUACUCUAAUAGAACUAGAAUCAUUAGUUAGAAAAUGUGCCAAAACUGUGGAUCUAAUUCUUCCAUUAGAAUGUUUUACAAUGUUAAAUACAAUUAGUGAAUUAAGAGCUCAUUUAUUUUCAUUAUGUCAUCCAACUGAUCCAGUAAAUAUGGUAAUCAAUAAUACUAGUAAUAAUAUUACACGAUCACAUCGUCAACCAGUUAGGAAUGCAACUCAAUUACAUAUGGAAACUCAAGAAUUCUUUGAAAGUGUACAGAAAAAUAUGAUGGUUAUCAUUAUUGAUCAUUGUAUGAUUAUUUUAAAUGGUGUAUUGAAGAAGUUAACAAGAUUUGAUGAAAAUAAGCUAUUUUCAUCGAUUCUUGUAUUAACUAAACCGAAUGAUGAAGAAGGUCAAGCCUAUGGAACUUUUCUUCAUAUAAAUUUACAAAGUUUAAGUGAAAACUUAGUUGACGAAGUUUCUAUGCUUUCUAUGUUAGAAAUAUGGUAUACACGUCAAAUGAAAGCUAUUUACGAUUGGUUAAUUCAACGUAAAAGUAUUCUACUUCAUCCACAUCAAAUUAAAUGUCUUUCAAUUAUUGUUAAAAAAAUUUUCAGUGCCUUUGAAUUACAAGGCUUGCCUCAAAAUGUAUUAAAUACUAUUGUAUAUCAAACAGUUAUUCAAAGAAUUCAGGUUGAAGAAACAACACAAUGUGUUAAAAAAGAAGCUCGAUCUAGUGGAAGUUUAACAAGUUCUACAAAUCGUAAUAAAUUAUUAAGUAAUCUUGGUGAAAGUAUAACAUCAUUUACUGGAAGUCCUAUAUUUCAUCGAUCCUAACAUAUAAUGUAGUAUUAAUUUUUUUUCUUUUGUACUACAGUUAGGAAAACAAGAUAAAACGAAAAAAAGAAAACCAGCAAACAAUGUUUUGAUGUGCAUUUGAUUAAUUCCUGUAUAGUUUUCAUGAAUUCAUUCAAUUAUUUUAUUGUUAAUAUUGUAAAACAAACAAACAAACAACAAAAACACAAUCAAGAUUGAACAGUCAUACACCAAGUCUUUCAUUAAGAGAGAGAAAACAAAUUAUGCAAAAAUUGUACUAUUUUUCUAC